AUGCGUCAUGGAAUAUUACUAAUACUAUUGCUACUUUGCGUGAACUAUGCGUGGUCAAGCAGUAUAUUAAGUAAGACGAUAUAUGCAAAUGGCUCGAAAGAAUUCAAAGUUGUAAAGCAUAUCAAAAAUAACGUAUGCACAUGCUCAUGUAAAUGCGUUCCUGACGUUCCAAGCAAUCCUUUUGAUCGGGUUACAACGGCUUCUCCAAUCAAUAACGACAACGUCGAUCAAGGACCAAGCGUUGAUCCAAAUCCAUCAGGAUCCUCUCUGUUCCAAGAAAUUGAAGCGGUUUCAGAAAAAAUGAUCACAAAGUCGCCAAAGUCGGAGUUUUCCAUUGAUGAGGCAACCACAGAAAUGAAAGAUUAUACUGCCACAACUACAGACUUUGAAGAGUCUUCAAUCACCACCGAAUCUAUUACAACAACAACUGGUAGUACUACCACAUCUGAUGAGCCAGCUACCAUCGCGGAAGAAACCACAUCUACUGAUACAAUCACUACUGCCACAGACAAUACCACAGCUCCAACAACUACGCCAACAACUACCGAAGCCAUGACCACGGCACCUGAGGCCACUACGACUACAAUUGAAGCCACAAGGAAAACAACGAUACUAUCAAAACCCACUACAGAAGAAAUCCCGAUCACAUCCACCGUAGAACCGGAAGAAAUUGUGGUCACAACUACUGUUAAACAGCCAACUGAAUCCACCACUGAAAGCUCAACUACCACUGCAAUUACAGAAGCUUCCACAACAAUUUCUGCGGAAAGUUCCACCAUUGUUGAAUCAGCAACUCCACAAACGGAAGAUAAGAUUGAUUCGGAAAUGUUGGAUAAAGACGAGAAGACAACUACAAAAAAAAGUUGGAGUAAUCCAAAAUCAACCACUAAGACUGCAGUCACAAAGACAACUACCGAAGUUGCACCGAAAAAUGUUUCGGACAAUAAUGAGGAGUCUCUGAAGUCGACUACAGAAUCUACUGCCACUACUACAAAAGUUACAAUUGGUAAAGAGAAGUUAACAACCGGAAAGAAAGAUAAAACAACAUAUAUUGCUAAACCAGUUAACAAAACUACUCAUGAUUCGACCACAAAUGCCGCAACCACUACUGAAGCCAACAAAGGAAGUACGACGGAUAUAACAUUAGCUACAGAAACCGAAAAUGCAACAACGAAAUCGCCGCCUCCAAAAAAAGCAACAAUGACGACCGCAGCCGCUCAAACGACUACAGAUGUUGAAGGAACAACGGCCGGAACCAGCAUUACUACUGAAGAAAAACUUACUGAAAACAACGCAACCACGGAAUUUUCCAUCGACGACAAAGCGACGAAAAAAAUAGUCACAACGGCGACAAAAGUCGAAACAACUUCAUUAGCCCAAGACUCGACCGCAACAACUACUACUGAGGGUGUGUCAACCACAGAAAUUAAAGUUUCGCAUGUUACCGAAACAACUCCCGAAGCCGAGACUACCAUAGAAGCAAAGACAACUACCAACCCUGAGACUACUGUCCAAACAGAGGAAGUUACCGAAGCGAAGCUUAACCCGGAAGCUGAAACUACUGCAAAAGCAGACGAAACUACCAAAGCGGAGACUACGACAGAAGUUGAAAAUACGACAGAAGCUAAGACGACGACUGAUGCUGUUUCUACGACAGAAGCUGAGACGACGACUGAAGCUGAGACUACGACAAAAGCUAAGACAACGACAGAAUCUGAAACUACGACAAAAGCAGAGACUACCACAGAUGCUAAGACUACCACGGAUUCUGAGACUACCACGGAUGCUGAGACUACCACGGAUGCUGAGACUACCACCAAUGCUGAGACUACCACGGAUGCUGAGACUACCACGGAUGCUCAGACUACCACAGAUUCUGAGACUACCACAGAUGCUAAGACUACCACGGAUUCUGAGACUACCACAGAUGCUAAGACUACCACGGAUUCUGAGACUACCACAGAUGCUAAGACUACCACAGAUUCUGAGACUACCACAGAUGCUAAGACUACCACGGAUUCUGAGACUACCACGGAUGCUGAGACUACCACGGAUGCUGAGACUACCACGGAUGCUGAGACUACCACGGAUGCUGAGACUACCACGGAUGCUCAGACUACCACAGAUUCUGAGACUACCACAGAUGCUAAGACUACCACGGAUUCUGAGACUACCACAGAUGCUAAGACUACCACGGAUUCUGAGACUACCACGGAUGCUGAGACUACCACGGAUUCUGAGACUACCACAGAUGCUGAGACUACCACAGAUGCUAAGACUACCACGGAUGCUGCAACUAAUACCCGAACUGAGACAACUAUCAAAGCUAAAACUUCCACCGAAUAUGUGACUACGACCGAAGCUGAGACUACCACGGAUGCUGAGACUACCACGGAUGCUGAGACUACUACCCCAGUAGAGACUACUACCCAAGCAGAGAAAACUACUGAAGCUAAAUCUUCUACUGAACCUGAGACCACUACCGAAUCUGUGACUACCAUAAGUGCAGCGGCAACUACAAAAAUUGAAACUUCCGCCAUACUUGAAACAACCACCCAAGCAGUGGUAACCACCACAGGUGAGAAUGAGCCAGCAAAGAAUGUUGAAACAAUUACUGAAGCUGGUGUUACAACAGAGGCCGUAUCAUCUACGGAAGCUAAGACUAUCGAUUCAGAUGCCUUGGAUACAAAAACAUCUGAGAAAAAGACUGCGUUGGAGAAGGAUGUUACAGAAUCACCAACAGUAUCCUCUACAGAAAAGACUUCUGAAAAAGAAAAUAAACUCACUACGACUGAUUUUUCAAUUGAUAGCUUUGAAACGACAACUAAAGUAGACGAGGAACACGCAAUAGAAUCAAGCGGAACAUCUAUUGAAACGACAACACUGGAAUUUCCAAAUUCGACAUUUAUUGAAACUUCUACAACUAAAGUUCUUCCAGAGAGAUGGAAGAACAUUGUAUCUAAGUUGAAGAAGAAGUUGGAACUUCUCAAAGAACAAAAACGUAAGAUGAAUGAGAAGAAGGCAAAAGAAGCGAUUUUUACUACUUCAACAUCUACGAAAGAAACCAUUCAAGAAGUAACAACUCCCAGCAAUCCAGUGACUGAUUCCGAGUCGCCUCAGGAUAUAGAAACUUCCACCACGACAACACAAGCGGAAACAGAACCAACGACUGCGGAAAAGAAUGUGGAAUCGUCUGCCAAUGACUCAACUAACUCAAAUACAUCCUCUGAUGAGCAAACGACAACAACAACAAUAAUUGUCGCAACUUCUAGCAAUGAAGAAGAACACACGAGCAGUGAUGUUGAGACAACUACAUCUAGGGCAACAGAACUCACCACAAAUGCUAAAAAUUCUGAAUCUGAAACUAUGUCAUCUAGUGAAGAUUCUGUAAACUCCUCAACAACUCGAGCUACAUCCAAAGAAGAGACAACUACAACUGCUGAAGAAAAAUUGACGCAAAGUAGUUCUGAAGCAGAUAUCACGACGAGCGAACAAGUUGAAAAUGACGAAACGACAACAGAAGGUGAUGCGUUUGUGACGGAAGCAGAAAAUACUACCGAAAAAAGCACCACCGCGGAGAAUAUUCCAACGGAUUCAUCUCGCAGAGAUUUUGUUCCGAAAAAAAAGAAGACUACCGCUACUACUACGACGGAGUCCACCACGGUGCCCACAACUACCACAGAAACGACAACAACUGAAGAAGAAAAAGAAGACGUUAAUGAAGGAUUUGUGACUGCCGCUCCAGAAGAUGAAACCACAGUAGAUACACUAGAGUUAUUACAAAAGAUCAACAAGACGAAGAAUAUUGAAGCUCAAUCGGAUGUUUCAAAACCGGAUGCCCUGGCAUUAUUGAUCACUGGGUUACUUGGCACAGCGCAAAACGCAUUCACUCGUCCGACAACUGAAAUGCCAAUGAUUACACCUACGGUGAACGUCGCCAAUGGAGCUGAUCGCAACAUUUUGAACUUCAUUCCAGCAACGAAUGAGGUUCGUCGAACGCAACCGAACAUCGAAAUGGCCAAAGAAGAUGAAUUCGAAAAGAGACUUCGCGAACAAAGGAUUCGCAUGGAGCAGGCGAAGCACGCAAGAGAAGAGGAGCUCAGAAUUCAGGCUAUGCAUGAGAAAGAGCUCACAGAGCGAGCAAAGGCGGAAAUGAUCGAGCGAAGAAAUCAAAUGCUAAAACAAUUGGAAGAGCUGAAGGAGGCGGAAGAACGACAAAGAGUUCUUCUAGAGCAAGAGAAACUUUUAGAAGAGGAACGAAAGCGUGUGAAUGCUGAAAAGCAAGCAGAACUUGAAUUUGCUUCCAUCACAACCACCACUGAGACUCCAGUUGUUCGCUACAGAUUAAGACCGGCUCAGUGCGCGGCAAUCAAUAAAUUUACGAGAGUAUUCAACAUCACAGAUCCUUCGGAUUGGGUGCAGAAAAAUUGUGAAAUGGCUAAAAGAUACUUCCCAGAAGCAUCAUGCCCACAAAUCCAAGCACUUAUUGAAUCCUGCUUCGCUUUUCUUUAA